CGCUACGCGCGUCGAGUAAGCGGGGAUGUCCGACUGGGAGGAGAGCGGCGACGAGGCCGCGGGGGCGCCGCCGUCUUCCGCGGUUGCUACCGCGCCCCUGUGGCAGCCGCCGGCCACCCCUCGGCCGAACAGCUCGCCGACAGAGGGCGAGCUGGGGCGAAGGGGCUCGGAGUGGCGGCAGGAGGCGGCAGCGAGCGUCGGAGGAGAGGAACGGGAAUCCGGCGUGGUUGGCAGCCGCCGAAGUCAGGCAGCGCGAUGGCGGCGCCCGAGAGCCGCCGCAGGCAGAGCUCAGGAGGCUGGGGAGCCUCUCUGCUUCCUCAUCAGCAGGGCCCUGGCCGGGGUUUUGAUAGGUCGGGGAGGAGCUAAAAUAAGAGAACUUGAGGAAUCUUCGGGUUCUAGGAUACAGGUUAUUAAGGGAGCCUCUGAAGCAGAAGUGAAGAUUUUCGGCAGUGUUGCUGUGCAGAACAAAGCCAAGGUGCUGAUUGAUGAAACAGUUGUAAGCUGUGGACAAAGCAACUGUAGAGGAAAAUCCUUGGAUGUUAUCAAUCCUGAGAAUACUCCAAAGAAACCCGUGAUUGACUGGGCCUCUCUUCGAGAAAACAGAGCUAAAUAUGAGGCUAUGAAGUGGGCAGACCUGCCUCCAAUUGAGAAAAACUUCUAUAAAGAAUCAUCAAGGACUGCAUCCAUGUCACCAGAAGAAGUAAAACUGUGGCGGAAAGAAAAUAACAACAUAAUUUGUGAUGACUUAAAAGAAGGUGAAAAGCGCUGCAUUCCCAAUCCUGUUUGUAAAUUUGAAGAUGUAUUUGAGCAAUAUCCUGAUAUUAUGGCUAACAUAAGGAAAAUUGGUUUUCAGAAACCUACACCAAUUCAGUCCCAGGCAUGGCCAAUCAUACUACAAGGAAUUGAUCUUAUUGGCAUAGCACAGACUGGUACCGGGAAGACAUUAGCUUACUUAAUGCCUGGAUUCAUUCAUAUGGCUUCACAACCAAUACCCAGAGAUGAGCGUGGAGGGCCAGGGAUGUUGGUCCUUGCUCCCACCCGAGAACUGGCACUGCAAGUAGAGGCGGAGUGCUUGAAGUACACGUACAAAGGAUUUAAAAGUAUCUGCAUAUAUGGUGGUGGGGACCGGAAAGCGCAGAUAAAUGUGGUGACCAAAGGUGUGGAUAUUGUUAUUGCUACUCCUGGGAGACUGAAUGAUCUUCAAAUGAACAACUUCGUAAACUUGAAGAGCAUAACGUACUUGGUUUUAGAUGAGGCUGACAGAAUGCUGGAUAUGGGAUUUGAACCUCAGAUAAUGAAGAUCUUAAUAGAUGUGCGGCCAGACAGACAAACUGUUAUGACAAGUGCUACUUGGCCUGAUGGUGUUCGUCGCCUCGCAAAAUCCUAUUUGAGAAAUCCCAUGAUCGUGUAUGUUGGCACUCUUGACUUAGCAGCAGUAAAUACAGUAGAACAGGAAGUUAUUGUUAUCAACGAAGAAGAAAAGAAAGCUUUCAUGGAAAACUUCAUUGAUUCUAUGAAGCCAAAAGAUAAGGCCAUCAUUUUUGUUGGAAAGAAGUCUACAGCUGAUGAUGUAGCAAGUGACCUUGGUGUCAAAGGAGUCCCAGUGCAGUCUCUUCAUGGUGACAGAGAGCAGUGUGAUCGAGAACAGGCUUUAGAUGACUUCAAGAAAGGUAAAGUCAGAAUCCUGGUAGCUACUGACUUAGCAUCCCGUGGCCUUGAUGUGCAUGAUAUUACUCAUGUUUUUAACUUUGACUUCCCUCGCAACAUUGAGGAAUAUGUUCACAGAGUAGGUCGUACUGGAAGAGCAGGACGUACUGGGAAGGCAGUAACACUUGUCACUAAGAAGGACUGGAAGGCUGCAUCUGAGCUGAUUGAUAUUCUGCAAAGAGCAAACCAAGUAGUUCCCGAUGAGCUUAUUUCAAUGGCAGAAAGAUACAAACAAUACCAAAUCAGGAAAGAAAUGGAAAAGGAUAUACUAAGACCUCAAAGAAAGUCAUCCAAGUGACUGAUCCCUUGAAAUUACUUAAAAAAAAAAAAAAGUGAGUGAUUAUAGACAUUGUUAGCAUCUAUGGGCUUGGAUUUAGAAGCUUAUUUUCUUAGUUGAUUAUUUUCUGCAUCUGUUCCAUUUAAAUAAAAAGGACUUUUAAAAAUGCCUUAGGAAAGAAAAUGUGGUUACCUUUAUACAGAAACAAACCUUGUUUUGUGCUUUGAGACUAUUUUGGCUUUAACCUAAGGAAAGUUCAUGCCAUAGGUAUUCGUUGUGUGAUGUGAGUAACUUCUAAAGCCGUUCUAUACUGAAUAAAAACAAAUAUUACAGAUUUCUUUAAUUAUAUGCAAUACUGAUGUUAAGAACGUGACUUUUUUUCUUGCAGAGAACUGGAUUACUGAAUGUAAACAAUGUUUGUGUUACUUCAAGAUACUGUACUUUCACACUGUUGUGCCACAUCUGCCAGUGCCAUGUGGAAGUAUUUCACCGGAUCACUUAGUUACGUAAAAGUAACACCACUCUUGAAUUGUGCAUUUCUUCCUUAAGCCAAAGUGGUGUUAACAAAGCUGUAAAGAGCUUCUUAGGAAAAAAGGACAUUUGAACGUCAGCUUUCUUUCUGAUAAAGUUCAUUCACAUUUUACAUGAGUUUCAGGUUCUCUCACAUGUGCUGUUACAGCUAACUAGAAUCUUUGGAAGUUGUUUUUGAGAUGACAAUACAAAUGGCAUUUGAUGUGAACUUGUUUCCUUGUGUCAUAUGAAUAAGUGAAAAUCUAAUAAACUGAAUCUAAGUGAGAUGAGAAUGUUUUAGUAAGGUUAUUC